AAAUAACUGGGGAAAUACACGAAACGGUAAACUAAACAUUCACCAAAGUAAAAUAAUAAAUUAAAUUGCUUUAAAAAAUAUUGGGCUGAGGAUUGAUGGAAAAUGCAGAUCAGCUACCGAAACCAUCCAGCGGGAAGAAGGCGUCCCAGGAAAACGCAGGUCUCUGCACUGUGAACCGUCGGAGAGAAAGUUUCCGUAAGCUUGCUGCUGACUGAAGAUCAUGGCCAACUUCACUGAUCCAGGGGCGAAUGAGGAUCAAUAUGAAGAUGCAUUUGAAGACAUUCCAAUGGCGUCCCAGAUGGAUUUGAAGAGCGCCCUGGAUGAUUGCAAUGUUGCACUGAGUUUAUUUUUAAAUAAUAAAUUUUCUGAAGCCUUGGAUUUACUACGUCCUUGGUCCAAAGACAGCAUGUACCAUGCCCUAGGUUACAGCACCAUGCAUGCAAUGCAGGCAGCCAUGACAUUCGAGCAACAUGAUAUUCUUGCAGCCAUUGCAACAUUGAAAGAAGCUUUGCAGACCUGUCAAAAAUCAAGAUUUCGGAAAAGAAAUUCUGUGAUGGAGUCAUUAUCACUUUUAAUUUUGAAACGAGGAGCAGACCAACUGACAGAAGAGGAGAUGCAUGCAGAGAUGUGCUACGCUGAAUGUCUACUUCAGAAGGCAGCUCUGACAUUGGUGCAGGAUGAAAAUAUGAUUAACUUUAUUAAAGGAGGUAUCAAAAUCCGAACAAGUUACAACAUUUACAGGGAAUGCCAACAGAUUGUACAGAUGACACAGGAUCGAGUUAAAACUGAUGUCUACUGCCAGUUUGAAGGUGGUGUCAAGUUAGGGAUUGGAGCGUUUAACCUGAUGCUAUCUUUGCUACCUUUGAGAAUUCUUCGACUACUUGAAUUUAUUGGAUUUUCAGGUAAUCGGGAUCUGGGAUUAACUUUGCUGCGAGAAGGUGCUACUACUCAUAGCUUGAGAGCAAUAUUGAGUGUCUUGACUCUCUUGAUGUAUCAAACUUACAUCACCGUAGUCCUUGGUGGAGGUGAAGGCAACCUCCAAGAAGCCGAAUCACUACUUGAACCCUACCUCAAGAAGUAUCCCAAUGGUUCCAUUAUAAUGUUUUAUGGCGCCAGAAUAAGCAUACUCAAGGGUAACUUUGAAAUGGCUCAGGUGAAGUUUGAGGAAUGUAUAGCAGCUCAGGCAGAGUGGAGGCAGAUUCACCACCUGUGUUACUGGGAGCUGAUGUGGAGUAACUCAUUUCAGCAGCAAUGGCUGGAGGCAUAUCGGUAUGCAGACCUUCUGUGCAAAGAAAGCCGAUGGUCACAAGCAAUCUACACAUUUCAGAAGGCUGCAAUUCUCAGCAUGCUGCCUGAGAAAGAAGUUAAGCAGACCAGCGAGAAUGUGGAAGAACUAUUCAGACUAGUUGAAAGCCUGAAACAACGAUUUGCUGGGAAAUCUAUCCCCACAGAGAAGUUUGCAAUAAGAAAAGCUAGACGAUACAUGUCUCCAACACCUGUCAAGCUGGUCCUUCCUCCUCUGGAAAUGAUGUAUAUUUGGAAUGGAUUUGCAAUACUGGGAAAACGAGCAGACCUGACAGAGAACAUGCUGGUUACAAUAGAAAAGGCAGAAACAGAAUUACAAAAGAACCCAAAAGAGCCUGCCGAAUACCAAGUGGAUGAUGAGAGUCUUGUACAACUUCUAAAAGGGCUAUGCCUGAAACACUUAGGCCGUUAUUUACAAGCAGAACUUUGCCUCAAUCAAGUGAUACAGAAUGAGAAGAGGAUAAGAUAUGACCAUUACUUGGUACCCUAUGCUCAUUAUGAAAUGGGAAUGUUACACAAAGGGCAAGGAGAGUGGGAAAAAGCAAAACGAGCCAUUGAAACUGCAAAGAAUAACUACAAGGACUAUUCAAUGGAAUCUAGGUUACAUUUUAGGAUCCAUGCUGCAUUGAAUAGCUUAAAUACCUCAAACCAAGAUCAUCCCUGAAGUAUGUUGGAAUAAACAAGUGCUCCGUGUGGGUUGGAGUGACAAUGCAAAUCACAGAAUGGAGCAAAAUAAUGAUGACACUAUAUAAUGCACUGAAAUUAUUGUGAAUUCAAUAAUAUGUUCCCUUAAUUCUUAUGUUACAAUUUAUCCAGGCAAUUUUCUACAACUAUAAAAUAUGUUAAUAACUAUUAAAUAUGUUAAAUAUUAAUCUUAUUGCUUAGAAAUAAAAGAUGACGAUUUGCUCUUUUUCAAAAAAUAUAUAAGAUUUCUUUUUACUUGAAUACAGCCAAGACAAUUGCUGGUGCAAUAAAUGUAUUUAGUAAUUUAGGCAGAUUAUUUUUAUUUUUAAGUUCUUCUAAUGGAAGGAAAGCUUGCAACCAGAAUGCAUGAAUAUAUAGCCUUACAAAUGUUUGACAUCCAAAUAAAAGCAGGCCAUUUUGAAAUGCACAACUGAAAAAAGAAAUACAGUUUGGAUCAUGGGUUUAUUAGUUACUGAAAGAGUUCAUGCUAUUUUGGGUGUUUGGGUCCAUGAACUUGUCGUUGUAGAUUUGCUUGUUCAGUGCUUGCCACUUAAUAGGGAAUCAUCUAUUCAUGUCAAUUCCAACUAGAAAUAGAUCAUCAUUACCCGAAACACAAUUAAAAAACCUCAUGUAACCAAAAAUGGGAUUGUUGUCAGCACGUCUGUCAAACUUUCUUGCAAAGCUCAACUACACCACACUUAUUUGUUGGGCAGGUUGCAUAGAUAUUGGGCAGAGUAUUGGGCUCUGGAGCUAAGAUCUUUAAGAUUUUUGUACUGUGCCGUUUAAGCAGCAUACACAUUAAUGGGCACUUGAGGCAUUGAGGCACAUCCUUAUACCCAAAGAAAAUAAAGUUUUGAAUCAUUCUCCAGUGAACAGCAUUAAAACAUUGAAAACUUAAUUACAGACUGAUGCAAUGAAUCCAAUAGCUGAUUAACAUAAUUGCCACAUCAAUGAUUUCUAUAAUAGAAUAACCCUCAAAACAUUUAGUGCAUUUGGUUCUGAUUUUUAUUAAAAUUUCUUGCCUUUACAAAUUGUAUCCUAAAUAUGUUUUCAUAUACACUGUUUUCCAGUGUAUGUAUAUUCCAGUAUAUGUACCAGUGUACUUUAUUGUACAUCUUUGCAUAUUUCCAAAUAAUUAUGUGCAUGUACAGACAAUGAUCCUGCAAGAACUUUGUUUGUUGGAGUUCUUUUAUCAUACAAAAAUUAGCGAGAUUCUUUUUGUUGUAUUCCUAUUGAUACCACUGCAUUCAGGUUCAAAUGUUUCACUACAAGUUUUGUUUUCUCGGUGAGCCUUAUAAUUUUAAACAAUAGUAACAUUUUAGGUUUUCAUUCUCAUGAUUUUAAAAUAUUCUGCAUCUGAUUUAAAAAAAAUAUUAAAAUUCUGUUUGGGUUUUCUAUAAAUUCAAUAAAUCAAAAUUUAUAGAAAUGCAAUGAAAUGAGCAGUUACAUAUUGUCAUGAUACAUGUGGCAUUGAAAGGUAACGUAGAGUGAUUCUGGCCAUUUAUAUAACAUUGUGUAGACAAUAGGCAAUAGACAAUAGGUGCAGGAGUAGGCCAUUCAGCCCUUCGAGCCAGCACCGUCAUUCAAUGUGAUCAUGGCUGAUCA